AUGAGAGCUCAAAUAGAAGUAAUUCCCUGUAAAAUUUGUGGUGAUAAAUCAUCAGGAAUCCACUAUGGCGUCAUCACCUGUGAAGGCUGCAAAGGGUUCUUCCGCCGCAGCCAACAGAACAAUGCCAUGUACUCCUGUUCCCGACAGAGGAACUGUCUCAUUGAUCGAACAAACCGCAACCGCUGUCAACACUGCAGGCUGCAGAAAUGCCUUGCCCUGGGCAUGAGCCGUGACGCGGUCAAGUUUGGUCGUAUGUCUAAGAAGCAGAGAGACAGCCUGUAUGCAGAGGUGCAGAAGCACCAGCAGUCCCAGGAGUGUGCGGGGAUGGGGGCCCGUGAAGAGGGGGGAGAGCUGCCCAUGCACGGGCGCACCUACAGCCGCGGCUCCAGCGCAGGACUGAGUGACCUGGACGACAUCAACACUCUGCCUGAAGGGCUGCUCUUUGACCUGCCAUUGACGCCCGAGGACGGAGGUGGAGACUACUGUAACCUGGACAUGCUGGGGGGUAGCGGGGGCAGCAGCUCCUCCUCACAGAGCUCUCCAGAGCAGACCAGCCUGGACUUUAAUGAUGGCAACCACAGCAUUAAGCAUGAGUACCAACUGCUCCACAACUCAGGGCUUUUCUCACAUGCCGUCAUCAACCCCCUGCCUGAAGGCUUCCCUAUGAUUGAAAUAGAACGUAUUAUUCAGAAUGUGGUGAAGUCGUACAUGGAGACACGUCAGUACAGCACAGAGGAGCUCAAACGCUUGGCCUGGACUUUGUACAGCCCAGAAGAGACGCGGUCCAUUCAAAGCAAGUCAGCUGAGGCCAUGUGGCAACAAUGUGCUAUACACAUCACCAAUGCAAUCCAGUAUGUGGUGGAGUUUGCAAAACGCAUCGCUGGCUUCAUGGACCUCUGUCAAAACGAUCAGAUUAUCCUCCUUAAAGCAGGCUGUAUGGAUGUACUUCUGAUCCGUAUGUGCCGGGCAUAUAACCCUAUCAAUAAUACAAUGCUUUUUGAUGGGAAGUUUGCCACUGCUCAUCUAUUUAAAGCUCUUGGCUGUGAUGACCUCGUUACCUCAGUCUUUGACUUGGCGCGAAGCCUGAGCCGCUUACAAAUGUCAGAGGAGGAGAUGGCUUUGUUUAGUGCUGCUGUCCUGCUUUCCCCAGACCGACUGUGGCUCACAGAUGUGCAGAAGAUUCAGAAGAUGCAGGAGAAAGUGUAUCUGGCUCUGCAGCACUGUCUACAGGACGAAGGUGCCUCAGAUGACAAACUUGCAAAGAUGGUUUCUAAGCUCCCCAUAAUGAAGUCCAUUUGCAACCUCCACAUUGACAAACUGGAGUUUUUCCGGCUGGUCCACCCGGAGACUGCCUACACGUUUCCUCCUUUGUACAGAGAGGUGUUUGGCAGUGAGGUCACUUUCCCCGACUCCACAGAGGGUUAA